UGACAGCUGCAAGCUCGAGCCACAUGCAUGUUUAACAAAAGUGUUACGGGAUCACUUGACCAUUUCGUCCAGUCUACAGCACGGACGUCUCACGCUCAUAACCAGCAAAAUGAAUUACUAUAUUUUGAUUAUUCAAAUAUUUUUACUUUCUCUAUUUGGACCAGGAUUGUGCUCGUCAGAUGAGACCAGAUUAGUAAAGACUUUAUUUACUGGAUAUAACAAGGUUGUUCGUCCGGUCAGCCAUUUUAAAGAUCCAGUAGUGGUAACUGUGGGACUACAACUCAUCCAGCUCAUCAGUGUGGAUGAAGUGAAUCAGAUUGUCUCCAGUAAUGUUCGACUAAAGCAGCAAUGGAAAGAUGUGAAUCUGCAAUGGAAUCCUGAUGAUUAUGGUGGUAUCAGAAAGAUCCGAAUUCCCUCCACUGACAUCUGGAAACCUGAUUUAGUUCUUUACAACAAUGCUGAUGGAGACUUCGCCAUCGUCCACGAGACAAAGGUCUUGCUUGAGCACACAGGUAUGAUAACAUGGACCCCUCCAGCCAUCUUCAAGAGCUACUGUGAGAUUGUGGUCCUUCACUUCCCUUUCGACCUGCAGAACUGCAGCAUGAAACUUGGGACGUGGACCUACGAUGGCAACCUGGUCAUCAUCAACCCGGACAGUGAUAGGCCCGAUCUCAGUAACUUCAUGGAGAGCGGAGAAUGGGUGAUGAAGGAUUACAGGAGCUGGAAACACUGGGUGUAUUAUGCCUGCUGUCCGGAUACGCCCUACCUAGACAUCACCUAUCACUUCCUCAUGCUCCGCCUUCCACUCUACUUCAUCGUAAACGUCAUCAUCCCCUGCAUGCUGUUCUCCUUUCUCACUGGGCUUGUGUUCUACCUACCCACCGACUCUGGUGAGAAGAUGACCCUCAGCAUCUCCGUCCUGCUUUCUCUUACUGUCUUCUUGCUGGUUAUUGUCGAGCUGAUCCCCUCCACGUCCAGCGCCGUUCCACUUAUUGGCAAAUACAUGCUCUUCACCAUGAUCUUUGUCAUCGCUUCCAUCAUCAUCACGGUGAUUGUCAUCAACACACAUCAUCGCUCGCCCAGCACACACACCAUGCCAGCCUGGGUCCGCAAGAUCUUCAUAGACACCAUUCCAAACCUGAUGUUUUUCUCCACCAUGAAGCGACCAUCACAGGAACGCCAGGAUAAGCGCCUCUAUCUCACCGAUUUUGACAUCUCUGACAUUUCAGGAAAACCAAUGCCAGCUUCCGUCACCUACCACUCUCCCAUAACCAAAAAUCCAGACGUGCGUAGCGCCAUCGAGGGUGUCAAAUACAUCGCUGACACCAUGAAAAGCGACGAGGAGUCUAACAACGCUGCUGAGGAGUGGAAGUUUGUCGCCAUGGUGCUGGAUCACAUUCUUCUGUGCGUGUUCAUGGCUGUGUGUAUUAUCGGCACACUUGGUGUGUUUGCCGGACGGCUGAUUGAGCUCAGCAUGCUGUGAGAGCACCAAGGCCCGGAUGAAGCCACGGACCGGAGUGAAACUCCAGCCUUGUCUCGCGAUUCUGCUGAGCUGUAGCAGAGGGGUUGCCUGCUCAGACCAGAUGUUAAUGGAACAGAGGGCUUAGUAAACAACCGGAAAAUACUUUCCUGUACUGCUCUUGUACAUUAUUUCUGUAUUACAGUUGCUGCAUUACUCCCUCCAAGUUUGUCGGUAUACUGUAUGCAUAUUUAUGCCUUAAAGGUGACAUGUUUGAUUUUAUUUUAUUUAUUAUAAAUAAUCUCCACUAUCUAAACAAUACAAUGUUCAGCUUGACAAUGUUUUAAGUUUGGGAAAAUGAAUUCUGUUUGAAUAACAAUUAUUAUUUUCUUUUUGGUGACAUUACAGCACAGUUAUAAAAUGUGUGAGGCAUUAUUUAUGUGUGACAUCACUUAUAUUUUAUUUAGAUAUGAAAUUUUAUUUGUUAGAAAAUUUUCCAGUGUUUCAAUGUUGGCUGUCACCGAUUUUAGUCAGUGGUUUCCGUUGUUUGGUAAUCUGAAGGGGGAUUAGGUCAUUUGGAAAACUUUUUGACAUUGAGAUGACAGUCAGUUUAUCUGGGAUCACCCCACUUGAAUGGAUAAACAUUUAGAAAAUCAAAUGAAUAUGUAUUUGGUUGUUUGGUUUGUAAAAACAGCACAUUUAAAAAAAAUAACUACGGUAAAUAAAAAAAAUUAAUAGAAUGUUUUUCU